AUGUCGAAGAAAAAGAUUCUCAUUCUUGGCAGCGGCAUGGUUGCAAAGCCAUGUGUCGACUACCUCCUUCGAGACGAAAAGAACAGUCUCACCGUCGCUUGUCGUACCCUCUCAACCGCGGAAAAUCUGCCUGAGGGGCGCCCCCGUGUCAAGGCCAUCGCCCUCGACGUCAAGUCGCCCGACCUCGACCGCCACAUCGCCGAACACGACGUCGUAAUCUCGCUCGUUCCAUUUAUAUACCAUGCCAAUGUUAUAAGGUCGGCAAUCAAAGCCAAGACACACGUGGUGACUACGAGCUACGUGUCCCCUGCUAUGCGCGAGCUCGAUGGUGCGGCAAAAGAGGCUGGCAUCACAGUCUUGAACGAGGUUGGCAUUGAUCCUGGUGUUGAUCACCUGUAUGCUAUCAAGACCAUCGGAGAAGUCCAUGACAAAGGGGGAAAGAUCAAGGAGUUCUACUCGUUCUGCGGUGGAAUCCCCGCCCCUGAAGCAGCUAACGACAACCCUCUCCGAUUCAAGUUCUCCUGGUCUCCUCGUGGUGCCUUACUAUCCCAAUAUAACUCGGCAACCUUCCUCCGCGAUGGAGAGGUGGUUGAGAUCUCUAACGAGGACCUGAUGGGCUCGGCCAAGCCGUACCACGUCUUGGACGGAUAUUCGUUUGUCGCCUAUCCAAACAGAAAUUCGGUGCCAUUUCGCGAAGCCUACGGAAUACCGGAGGCUCACACCGUAAUUCGGGGGUCUCUUCGAUAUGAAGGCAACCCAGCUAUGGUCAAGGCCCUUAUUGAUCUCGGAUGGAUCAACCCAGAAGAGAAGCUGUGGCUGAAGGAUGGAAUGACGUGGGCGCAGAUUCAGAAACAAGUGACCGGAGCUGCCUCGGAUGAAGAAAAUGAUCUUGUCGCCAAGGUCAAUGAGAUUUGUACCUUCUCUUCCGCGGAGGAGCGAGACAAGAUCCUCAAUGGCCUUCGUUGGAUGGGUUUGUUUUCAGAAAAGGUUCCAACACUGCAUGGAAACCUACUCGACACCCUCUCGGCGCAGCUGGAGAAGCUAUGUAGCUUCAGCCCUGGUGAGCGUGACUUGGUGAUGCUCCAGCACAAGUUUGUUGUUGAAUGGAAGGAUGGUAGUGAGAACACCAUCACGUCUACUCUCGAGCUCUUUGGCGAUCCGAACGGAGACUCAGCCAUGUCCAAGUCGGUUGGAGUCACGUGUGGGAUUGCGACGCAACUCCUUCUUGACGGACAUGCUCCUCUUAACAAGCCUGGUAUCUUGGCGCCGUACUCUCGCGACGUUUGCGACUUGAUUCGGGUUAGGGUUGAAGAAGAGGGCAUCAGACUAGUGGAACGGAUGGUUUAG